GCUACCAUGUCGACGUGCAGGGCGUGCAGUGCAAUUGAGUCACCCACGUCGCUGGUGAGGCUACAAAACGCCAGCCGACCAUGGCCCUCGCCCGCCCCAGUCCCCGCUGGCUCACCCGCUCGCGAGCUUUCACCGCCCAGGUGCGAAGCUAUUCGGCGCCCGGCGAUGGCACCAUUCCCGCCUCCAAGAAGAAGUACAUACCCACGUCGGGCACCUACCCGCUCGGCUUCAAGGCGGGCAGCGCCCAUGUCGGCGUAAAGGCCUCCAACACCCGCUUCGACGACCUGGCCCUCGUUGCAUCCGACACACCAUGCGCUGCCGCCGCUGUAUUCACGACGAACAAGUUCCAGGCCGCGCCUGUGACGGUGAGCCGGGACAUGCUCAGCAAGAGGAAGGGCGACGGCGUCCGCGCGGUUGUCGUCAACUCUGGAUGUGCAAAUGCUGUGACUGGCAAAGGCGGCAUCCAGGACGCCGUGAGGAUGGGCCUGGAGACAGACAAGCAGUUCAUUGAGGACAGCAAUGGAGAGGACGAUGGCCAGGGCAGCCGGAGCAUCGUCAUGAGCACCGGAGUCAUCGGCCAGCGGCUGCCCAUUGACAAGAUUGUAUCAAAGCUGCCCCAUGUCUACUACAAGCUGGGUGACACACACGAGCACUGGCUAGGCGCCGCCAAAGCCAUAUGCACCACCGACACCUUCCCGAAGCUGGUCUCCAAGACCUUUACGCUCCCGGGCAGCCAGGAGGAAUACCACAUUGCAGGCAUGACCAAGGGUGCCGGCAUGAUCCACCCCAACAUGGCCACUCUGCUUGGGAUAAUUUGCACAGAUGCACCCGUCUCAGCACCGCUACUCCAAAGCGCACUCAAGGAAGCCAUCACCAAAUCCUUCAACAGCAUCUCCAUCGAUGGGGACACCUCCACCAAUGACACUGUUGCCAUCCUCGCCAACGGCGCGGCAGGUGGGCAGGAAAUCACCUCAUCUUCAUCCGAAGACUUCAAAGCUUUCAGCGCGACGCUCACCGACUUCGCCAUCGACCUCGCGAAGCUUGUAGUCCGCGACGGCGAAGGCGCAACCAAGUUCGUCACGAUCCGCGUUACGAACGCGAAGACCUACGAAGAAGCAAAGCAAGUGGGCAACUCCAUCGCCCGCUCGCCGCUCGUGAAGACGGCCCUGUACGGCAAGGACGCCAACUGGGGCCGUAUUCUAUGCGCCACGGGCUACGCAGGCGUGGAGUCUAUCAUUCCUGAGCAGACCAGUGUGAGCUUCAUCCCUGCUGAUGGCAGCGAAGAAUUAAAGCUGCUGGUGAAGGGUGAGCCGGAGCAGGUUGACGAGGAGCGCGCCGCGAAGAUACUUGAAGCGGAGGAUCUGGAGAUUUUGGUUAGGCUGAGCGAGAAGUACGAUGCUGAGGCUACAGUUUGGACUUGCGAUUUCUCGCAUGAGUAUGUCACCAUUAAUGGAGACUAUAGGACGUAGAACUCCUAUAAUGAAUUUCUAAGGCAAAGC